AUGAGAAUCGAUAUUCUAGCCGCCGCUGCUCUCCUCGCCCAGCUUGCGAGCGCAAGUCCUGCCCCGGUAAAGCGUCAAACAUAUGUUGCAUGUUCUGGGCUCUAUGGCACCGCCCAAUGCUGCGCAACCGACGUCUUGGGCCUCGUGAACUUGGAUUGCGGCAACCCCCCUUCGCUUCCGGCGAGCCCAGACGAUUUCAGCUCGGUCUGCUCUGCGAUUGGUCAGCGAGCACGAUGCUGUGUGCUCCCCAUUGUAAGUAUCCUGGGAUUGAUUAUAACAAGAAUAUCCAACCAGUUGCUAACUCAAUGCCAGCUUGAGCAAGGUGUCCUAUGCAACACCCCUACUGGUGUUGAUGACUAG